AUGCCUGUCUUUGAAAUUAUUACGAAUCAUUUUCCUUUUUCAUCAUUCUUUAUCUUUUCCCUUCUUUUUCUCCCUUCUUUUUCCUUUUCCUUCUUUUACUUCCUUUUCUUUCCUUUUCUUACUUUUUCUUUCUUCUCUAUACCGUUCCUACUUUUUCUUUCUUUUCUUUCUUUUUCUUUCUUCUCUUUACUUUUCCUUCUCUAUCCUAUCAUUCUCUUUCCUUUUCAUUCUAUUUUCUUCCUUCUCUAUCAUUUUCCUUCUUUUUCUUUCUUCUCUUUCCUUUUCCUUCUUUUUCUUUCUUCUCUUUCCUUUUCCUUUUUUCUUUCUUCUCUUUCCUUUUCCUUCUUUUUCUUUCUUCUCUUUACUUUUCCUUUUUUCUUUCUUCUCUUUCCUUUUCCUUCUUUUUCUUUCUUCUUUUUACUUUUCCUUUUUUCUUUCUUCUCUUUCCUUUUCCUUCAUUUUCUUUCUUCUCUUUACUUUUCCUUCUCUAUCCUUUUCAUUCUCUUUUCUUUCUUCUCUUUCCUUUUCCUUCUUUUUCUUUCUUCUCUAUCAUUUUCCUUCUUUUUCUUUCUUCUCUUUCCUUUUCCUUUUUUCUUUCUUCUCUUUCCUUUUCCUUCUUUUUCUUUCUUCUCUUUACUUUUCCUUUUUUCUUUCUUCUCUUUCCUUUUCCUUCUUUUUGUUUCUUCUCUUUCCUUUUCCUUUUUUGUUUCUUCUCUUUCCUUUUCCUUUUUUCUUUCUUAUCUUUCCUUUUCCUUCUUUUUCUUUCUUCUCUUUACUUUUCCUUUUUUCUUUCUUCUCUAUACUUUUCCUUCUUUUUCUUUCUUCUCUUUACUUUUCCUUCUUUUUCUUUCUUCUCUUUACUUUUCCUUUUUUCUUUCUUCUCUUUCCUUUUCCUUCUUUUUCUUUCUUCUCUUUCCUUUUCCUUCUUUUUCUUUCUUCUCUUUACUUUUCCUUUUUUCUUUCUUCUCUUUCCUUUUCCUUUUUUCUUUCUUCUCUUUCCUUUUCCUUUUUUCUUUCUUCUCUUUCCUUUUCCUUCUUUUUCUUUCUUCUCUUUACUUUUCCUUCUCUAUCCUUUUCAUUUUCUUUUCUUUCUUCUUUCCUUUUCCUUCUUUUUCUUUCUUCUCUUUACUUUUCCUUCUCUAUCCUUUUCAUUCUCUAUCUUUUUCAUUCUAUUUUCUUCCUUCUCUAUCCUUUUCGUUUUCCUUUUCUUCAUUCUCUACACAUUUAUCUUACAUCCCUACAAUAUCAUAA